UCGCCACUGCGCUGGAUGCAAUAUUCCCUAUGCUGGGAAAAAUUGCAUGUUUUUGGGCCUUUCCUGCUAUGGUUGGAUUUUAUUUUUGGGACAGAUUAAUCAUAUUAGAUAUGCGGCCGGAUUUGUAAAGCAAAGAGAGUACAGGAAGACGAGGUGAGAAGACAGGGAAAAAUCACAAGAAAUAAAAAAUGGCCAAAUUAAUCAACACACAUCAUACAUACGGCACCGUUCCCAAAGUGUCCAUACAAGAUAUGGAUGAAGAGAUAGAAAAAAUGGAAAAUGGAGAAUGCAGGAUGCUACUCAAAAGAGAAAGCAGCCCUACCACAUCACAAUCAACAGAAGUAACAAAAUGCUACAGCAUAUAUAACAGUAAGAAUAGAGUGCAUGCUGUGACUGCAACGCUACACCGGGAACAGCAUCUUCCUGGCACAUCUGCAGUAUGCAAUACCAACAACAGCAACAAUAAAGAUGAAGAGGAAAAAAAGAAAAAGAAAAAAGAAAAAAAGGGAAAAUCUGAUCAUAAAAAGGAAAAGAAAAAAGACAAAGAGAAAAAAAAGGACAAAGACAAGGGUGAAAAGGAAAAGAAAGACAAAGAGAAACAUAAAGAUAAAGAGAAGGAGAAAGAAAAGGAAAAGGAAAAAGAGAAGGAAAAAGAGAAAGAGAAGGAAAAAGAGAAGGAAAAAGCAGAUAAAGAAAAGAAAGAAGAGAAGAAGAAAGAGAUACUUGUCAUUGAUCCAUCAGGAAAUCUCUAUUACAACUGGCUAUUUUGUAUAACAAUGCCUGUCAUGUACAACUGGACAAUGAUCAUCGCAAGGGCCUGUUUUGAUGAACUUCAACAAGACUAUUUGGAAGCAUGGUAUCUGCUUGAUUAUUUAUCAGAUGCCAUCUAUAUUGCAGAUAUGUUUGUAAGAACGAGAACAGGUUACCUGGAACAAGGUCUUCUGGUCCAUGAUGAAACAAAACUUAGAGAAAAAUACAAAAAGACAACUCAAUUUAAGUUGGAUGUUUUAUCUAUCAUACCUACCGAUAUACUUUACUUGUACUUUGGACUGAACUACCCAGAGCUCAGACUCAAUAAGUUGCUUAGAGUGUCUCGCAUGUUUGAGUUUUUCCAGAGAACAGAAACAAGGACCAAUUACCCAAACAUUUUCAGGAUCUCCAACCUCAUCAUGUACAUCGUGAUCAUUAUUCACUGGAAUGCAUGUGUGUACUAUUCCAUUUCCAAGGCUAUAGGAUUUGGGGCAGACAGCUGGGUGUACCCAAACACUUCCGAUCCAGAGUAUGGAAGAUUGGCAAGGAAAUAUGUGUACAGCUUGUACUGGUCAACACUUACCCUGACUACUAUUGGUGAAACUCCUCCACCAGUCCUGGACUCCGAGUUCUGGUUUGUAGUUGCUGACUUCUUGGUGGGAGUAUUGAUUUUCGCUACCAUCGUCGGUAACGUUGGUUCCAUGAUUUCAAACAUGAAUGCCGCCAGAGCAGAAUUCCAAGGGAGGAUCGAUGCUAUUAAACAGUACAUGCACUUUAGGAAGGUGAGCAAAGACUUAGAGAAAAGAGUUAUCAAAUGGUUUGACUACUUAUGGACAAAUAAAAAGGCUGUUGAUGAAAGGGACGUAUUGAAAUACCUACCUGAUAAGCUAAGGGCAGAGAUUGCUAUCAAUGUCCAUCUGGAUACAUUAAAGAAGGUUCGUAUCUUUGCUGACUGCGAAGCUGGACUUUUGAUUGAAUUGGUCUUAAAACUGCAACCUCAAGUGUACAGUCCUGGGGAUUAUAUCUGCAGGAAAGGAGAUAUUGGGCGAGAAAUGUAUAUUAUUAAAGAAGGUAAACUUGCUGUUGUUGCUGAUGACGGCAUCACCCAAUUUGUUGUUCUGAGUGAUGGCAGCUACUUUGGUGAGAUUAGUAUUCUUAACAUUAAGGGAAGUAAAGCGGGAAAUCGAAGAACCGCCAACAUUAAAAGUAUUGGCUAUUCAGAUCUCUUCUGUUUAUCUAAAGAUGACUUAAUGGAAGCACUGACUGAGUACCCAGAUGCUAAGGCCAUGCUGGAAGAGAAAGGAAGACAAAUCUUAAUGAAGGAUGGCUUAUUGGAUUUAGAUAUUGCAAAUUCUGGUGUUGAUCCAAAGGAUAUUGAGGAAAAGGUGGCUCACAUGGAAGGCUUAGUUGACAACUUGCAAACAAAAUUUGCUAGACUUCUGGCUGAAUAUGAUUCAGCCCAGCAGAAACUUAAACAACGGGUAACCAAAAUUGAGAAAUUAUUAAAGCCAGAACCUGAAGUUGUAGAGUUUCCAGAUACGGAGGAAAUCAUAGACGAAGCAGAGGAACCCCCAAAAGAAUGAAUUGAAUAAAAAAGUAACAACCAAGGAAUGGCAUCAUGAUUGAAUUUUCUAAAUAUGCUCACAAACUAUGAUACAAACAUUAUGGUUUUACUCUUAAUCAGUGAUGUUUACAAACUGUUAUCAUUACAGCAGGGAUUAUAUUUCUGUUAUACAGUGUAAGUGUGAACAUGUGAAUGAUGAAUGGAAAGUAAAACAAAAUAUUUUUUAA